AUGUACCACACUUCUUCUGGUGAUCGCUAUCGAGAAUACAUUGAUGAUUCCACCUCACACAAGUUGAAAAGUGCCUACUGGUCGACCAAACAGGCGGUUAUUCGCAAGCUUGGUAAGGAAGAAGAUCGACACAUCAUAGCCUCAGAUGCCGAGUUGGACGCUAAGCUUGAAGUAGUUCUUUCCCAAGUUGAAAAUGAUACCGGUCGUUUUCUGAACGCUCGCAGUUCUGAAGACAAAACACGAGCAGGGAAAAUGCUUUCUGCUGUUGGUAAAGCCCUAACCCACUCAGCCCAGCAGAGACUUAUUCUUCAAAAUCCUUUGAGUCGCCUCGAACAGGAAGUCCAAACGUUCCGUGCUCGCGCCAUUGGAGAUACUGCUAGUACAAUUGCGAGGAUGGAAUCGGCUCGAACGGAUUAUCGCGGAGCAUUGAUGUGGAUGAAGAAUGUCAGCGAGGAGUUGGACCCGGAUAUGUACAAAAAACUGGACAAAUUUCGACGUGUUCAGAUGCAGGCCCAUAAAAGACUAGAACGAAUUCCUCUGAGUAAAAACUGCAUUCAACAUUCAAUUAAUGUUCGAGAAGCUUUGAUACAGAGUACACGUAGCGUCCUUGUUUUUGCCAUUAUGUCUUGGAAAUUUUCAAAAUCUGCGCCCCCCGUCAAUUCACUCAGAAGUGUAGUCAUUUGCAUAUUCACAUCGUUCCUUUUACUUACUCCUUUGUGUUAUUUCUUUUCUGCAUUAUUUUGUUAUCUCCAGUCAUCUUUUCUCCUGUUGACUAAUUUCGAAGUUUGGUUGUGA